AUGGGUGCCUUUCUUUAUCCAAAUCGUGCUGGGCCUAUUUUGUCUGGACCCCAAAAGGUCUUUGGUGACUUUGUUGUUCUUGGAUGUGUCUUGUUGUCACUUGGAUGGUUGCAGUGUGGUGCUGUCGACCUAGCUUUUCUCUUUGGUUUUCGUUGUGCUUUCGAAGCAAGUACUGCAUUUCACCGUAGACGCCAUGAUUUUGUUGCAGCUUUUGGUCCACACAUAUGGAAUUUGCUCAAAUUUAGUGUAUGGAGAUGGAAAAGUGAUUGUUGUUGGUAUGUGUGGGAUUGGGUUUUGCCUGUGCAAAAUAAGAGGUUUAGUCAUGUUGGUGCUACGAGUCUCUUUGGUUUGCUGGAGAGGAAGUGGUGCGGUGUCCUUGUUUCUGUGUUUAUUUUAGUCUAA